AUGGCAAGUCGAAGUGAGAAGAUGCCCAAAGUGGGCAUAUUGUCGCUGGGUUCUAUGGGUGCGGGAUUAGCCCGCCUGCUCAUCGCGCAUGGUUUCCCCGUUGCGACAAAUGUCCAAGGCAGAAGUCAGGAUACAAUAGAACGGGCACGCGAUACCGGAGCUGAAUUACUGGCUUCUGACAUCGGCCUGGUGGAGCAAUGCCAGGUCAUCCUGUCUGUGUUGCCUCCCAAGGAUGCCGAGGCCACAGCGCAACGAGUGAUCGAUGCUCUGUCCGGGAACAAGCAAAAGGAGGACAUCUACUACAUUGACCUCAACGCAAUCUCACCUGCCUCGACCAAGGCCUUGGCGAGCCUGUUCGAAGGCAAAGGCACCUAUCAAAAUGACGAUUCGGACUGGAUCAUACCAAGGAUGCCCAUCUCCGGCCCUCAUUCGCUCACCAGCUUUCCGUCCGGCGAGCGUCUGGCUUCGCUGCUCAAGUUCCGCUCUAUAUCACCCGAGAUUGGUGCUGCCUCUGGACUAAAGAUGUGCUUCGCCUCCAUGGCCAAGGGGUACACUGCCCUUGUCACGCAGUCCUUUACGACCGCGCACAGCCUUGGGGUUGCGGGGGCACUGCGCGAGGAGAUGCAGGAACUGAUGCCGACGCAGCUUACCGCGCUCGAAAAAUCAGUUCCAGACAUGGUGCCCAAGGCCUAUAGAUGGGUGAGGGAGAUGGAGGAGAUUGCAGCGACGAUGAGUGAAGCGGGUGGCUGGAGUAGGGAGAUGUUUGACGGCGCGGCGGGCAUCUUUCGAGAAGUAGCCGCGAACGAGGUCCUCAAGCUGGAGAAGACAGAGAAGAGAAGCAGAGGCCAGAUUGUAGAUGAUGUCGCUGCCCUCAUGUCGGAGGGGCUGGCGAAGAAGAGGAAGAAGAUGGAAUAG